CACAAACACAAUUUUUUUCGCCUUGUUGCUUGGGCUGUUGCUGCUGUCUUAUUCUUUUAUUCAGACGGAUGGAAAAUUUUCUUCUUGCUUGCUUCUCUUGUAUUCCUGUCUGUUUUUUAUUUUUACUCUCUCGUUUCUCAAUAAUGGCCACAGAAAGCAACGCUGCUGCCAACGCUGGUAAGGCCGGUAUGACCAGCAAGGACUACUACUUUGACUCGUACGCCCACUUUGGCAUUCACGAAGAGAUGCUCAAGGACGAGGUCCGCACCAUGUCCUACCGCGACUCCAUCAUCAAGAAUAAGCACAUCUUCCAGGGCAAGGUUGUGCUCGACGUUGGCUGCGGAACCGGUAUCCUCAGCAUGUUCGCCGCCAAGGCCGGAGCCAAGCACGUUAUUGGUGUCGACAUGUCCAACAUCAUUGACAAGGCUAAGCUGAUUGUUGAGGAGAACGGUCUUUCCGACAAGAUUACCCUGCUUAAGGGCAAGAUGGAGGAGGUCAUUCUUCCCUAUAGCAAGGUCGACAUCAUUAUCUCGGAGUGGAUGGGCUACUUUUUGCUCUACGAGAGCAUGCUGGACACUGUUCUCCUCGCCCGCGACAAGUACCUGCAGCCCGGCGGCAUGAUCUUCCCCGACACAGCGACCAUGGUCAUUUCGACAAUUGAGGACGGCGACUACAAGGAGGAGAAGCUCAACUUCUGGAGCGACGUCUACGGAUUCAAGAUGUCCUGCAUCCGGGACGCUGCCAUGAAGGAGCCCCUGGUUGACACCGUCGAGCCCCGUUUUGUGAACUCGUCCCAGUGCGUGUUCAAGACCAUUGACAUUCUGACCGUCAAGAAGGAGGACUUGACCUUUAACGUUCCCUUUGAGAUCACUGUUGAGCGCGACGACUACGUUCACGCCUUCAUCUCCUGGUUCGACAUUGAGUUCCGCGCCUGCCACAAGCCCGUCACAUUCAGCACUGGUCCCUUUGCAAAGUACACACAUUGGAAGCAGACCGUGUUCUACACGAAGGAUACUAUGACCGUGUGCAAGGGCGACGUUAUCAAGGGCACCAUUGAGUGCGCUCCUAAUGCCGAGAACCCUCGCGACCUGGACAUCAUCAUCGACUACAAGAUGACCGGCAAGGAGGACUCUGCUGAGGACCGCAUUGAGUACAGAAUGUGCUAGUCACAAAAAUAUAUUUAUAUAAGCGUCAGGUGGCUUUUUUUGCAAUUUCAUCGUAUCACAAUACACACAAUUAAGUAUU